GACAUCACGCAGCAUUUCGUGAUCAUCUGACAUCUACUGUUUUCGAUUCGUAGCCUGGCGAAUCGUAACGUAGUUCGGAAAAUUCAAAACUGUAGCGUGUCAUUGAAAGCGUCACUGCGUUACUAGAAGUUUUUCCGUCCAUAUACCUGCAAUAUAUUCCUGCCAAAACGGCACAACCAGGCUCUAAUCGUUCUUGAGUUGAAUUGGUUUCGAUACUCGCUCAAAAGUUUUUCGAUAUUAUUUGCUCUUUAAAUAUGCCCUGAGGCAUGCAUUGAGUCGAAGCAAGUAUUUCAAGUAAUUUCUUCUCAGGAGCUGCACAGGAACUCUCAAAUGUCAGACCACCACUCAGUAGUCACAACGCCGCACAGCAGAAGGUUGCGAAACAGUUCCACUAUGUUUACUCCUUAUACCCCCGGGCGUGCUCAACGCAGAAUGCAAUUCGAUCCAAGAUCCAGGCACACCAUCAUUGACGUGGAAGCCCCUGAUGCUGAAGAUAACAUGGAUGAUGCUUUGUUAGAUUUGAUUAAACUCACCUGGAACAUCUCGGCAGUAUCACCUUUAUUUGGUCUCGACUUUAAAGAUGACGUUAGAUUAAAACAGUACGGCAAAAGACUCAGGGAAGAGGUGGCAUCCUCUUUAUUCAAAGAUAAUGUAUCUUACGAAGCUAAAUUCACUCCUUUGCACAAUCUGGUAUGCAGCCCUUCAGAUCCUCCAGCUGUAAAGGUAGAAGUCCAUUCCAAAGACGACGAAAAGAAUACUGAAAUGAAACAGAUUUAUCUGGGAAUAUUUCUGUCCUGGGGUCCUAGGAAUGAGGUGGAAGCAGAAAACGUAAAAUUACCAAUUCUAUUAAACAGAGGACUGCAAGGCGUUGCGCAUGCUGUACAUUCUACAUUGAGUCAGAUGUUUGACUGUACAAUUACAGCUAUGCCAGCCAGUCAGGAAGAUCUUAUGUGGCUAACUACGAUCAUUCUUAAUUCUGAGGUAGCCGAAUCACGAAAAACUAGAAAGGCUGCUGAGUAUGAAUUAAUACUCGAGUAUACUAUCCCUGAAUUGCCGCCAUCUGACUUGAUCAAAGUCAAAUUUCCGCUGAAGACUAUGAAGACUUUGUGGUCGAAAAUCUGUCCCACUCAUACAAGUACCACAAACACUAAUGAGCAAGUCGCUAGUGUAAUAGAUUUGAGUCAGGUGAAUCGGUUUUUCGAAUGUCUGAGGAUUAAGAUGCUGAAGAGCGCUAGUCUUGAAUUGGGAUAUUGUUUAUUGGAAAAAAUCAGCUUGCCGAAUUUUACCAUCAAGUCUAAUAAGAUGAAAGCAACAGAUAUCGACGCGAUUGAUCGAGUUCUUUGGUUUUUUCAAGAAAAAGCCGUACUUCAUUUUCAGGCCCCAAUCGCAAUGAGAAAUGAAGAGUUUUAAAUUAAUUGUAUUGUUAGUCUUGAUACUUGUUAUCGUGAUUUAUCUCUCUAAAAUGUUUAUUCGCUAAUGCAGUUGAAAAUGCUUCCAAAAAUUUUAACCAGAUUUGAUAUCACUUCGUUAUUUUUUUUUGUUUUUAUAAUCUUCAUACUUACCGUAUUGUCCCGAAUAUAAGCCGAAUAUAAGUUUUUUGUCGUCAACAGCACCUGCCAAAAUUGUUCUCGCCUUAUGUGCGGGUAACUAUAAAAAAACACCCUGUAACAUUCUCAGAAUUGGGGGUCGGUUUGUACCCGGAACAAUACGGUAUUUAGUAUUAUCAGUCGAAAACUACCUCUUAUAAUAUUAGCUUAGUAUAAUUUUGUUCAUUAAUUAUUUAUAUGUUAUUCCUGGGAUCGUUUGAUCAAUUCCUAAACGCAGAUUUACGUCUUAUUACUGGCAUAAAGACGUUAUAUCGCAAUUUUACUUUGCCGUACUAUUAGGCAGUAAAUUUUAUUUGUAACAAUUGUCAAACACGUAUACGCGGCGCGAAAAUUUCGUAUUUUAAUGGCCCCCAAUGUGCGAUCAAUAAAGUAGUAGAAGAAGCGUUCGCGGCCGGACGUGGGGUUCGUUUGUGUGUUAAAGGGAUCGAAUGUAUGGAAAUUAUAUAUUUUAUUACUUGAUAAAUGUGU